AUGGCAGAGUCAGGGAGUGUGCAGACUGCCGAGGAAUCGUUCAGUUGUCCGAUCUGUCUGGAGCAGUUGAAGAUUCCUAGGUAUUUACUUUGUUUACAUACGUUUUGUGAGGCGUGCAUUCAGACGUACAUAUCUAGUACAGCAGCCCGCUGCGAACAAGACGCGCUGAAUUUCAUUGAGUGUCCAGUUUGCCGAAAACCAGCAGUAGAACCGAGGAAAGGGGUGUCAAGUGAGGAAUGGGUAAAAGAUCUUCCAGUUAACAAAUGGAUAUUGACUAUGUCAGUAAACACAGUGAAUGAAUCUAAUAAAUAUUGUCUGUUCUGUAAAAGAGAUAAUAUUACAGCUUUGGCAAAACAUUGGUGUAAAACGUGCGCUGAACCUAUCUGUGAAGAUUGUAAUCGUCUUCACAGAAGAGUUCCUGUGCUCCAAAACCAUAAAAUUUACUGCUUAUCUGAUUCACUGAAAUGGUGUGAACCAGUUGAUGUUGAGGAACAAUGCAGCGUCCAUAAAGGAAAACUUGUGGAGGUGUUUUGCAGAGACCAUAACAAAAUAUGCUGCAGUGUUUGUUUUGCAACGCUGCAUAGAACUUGUUCUUAUGUAGAAUCAAUAGAGGAUGUUGCAUUAGAGCUUGAUAAAGAGAGUGUUAGAAAUAAAGUGAAGUCAUUGACAGAUCUCCUAGGUAGUUUGGAUGCACUGCAGGAUGAAAACAUGGUGCAAAAGGAAAGGCUGAACAAAGCAAAGGAGGAAAUAUGUUUAAAAUUUGAAGACAAAGUAAAGAAAGCCAAAGCACUGAUAGAAGAAGCACAUGCCCAGUGGUUGAAACGUUUUGAUGUUGUUCAUACAUUUCAAGCUGACAAUAUUGAUACUGUGUCAGAUGAGCUGAAGCGGUUUGGCACUACAGUGAAAGAAGCGAAAACUUUACUUUCCUCUGUCCUUGAGAAUGGUUCAGAAAAGCAACUUUUCAUUACUCAACAUAGGUUGCUGUCUCAGAUAUCGGCCCACUUUGAUCGACUAAAAUCUUUGCGUUCAUGGGACUUGGCUGAGACGUAUUCUGAAGUAAACAGUGACAUUUGUUAUGAGAUGUGGGAAACAGGACAGUUCGAGGAUGCUAAAAUAUCCCUGAAGUCGAGCAAUGCUCUUCCUAUUGUUUCUAAAUAUUAUUACUUAAUAACUGAAAGAAGUGAUAUUCUGCCUCGCCCCAAGUCAUGA